AUGGAGCGGCCCCGCGCGGCCCCGGUGCAUCCCGCCUUCCCCGGGCCCGAGGCGCCCGCCGAGGAGCUGCUGCGCUUCUACAACGACCUGCAGCAGUACCUGAACGUCGUCACCCGCCCGCGGUACGGGAAGCGCGCAGGGGGGCGAGCGCUGGGCGAGGAUCCCCAUGGCACCCCGGGGUGCUGA